AUGGGAAAUAGCCCGUCUAAAAAUGAACCCCUACCGAAGUCAUCAUCAUCAUCAUCAUCAACAAAUGAAGGAAACAGUGGCAGCAGCAGUGCUGCUAACGGAGGCAGUACCGACUUAGACCCAGAUGAUAUAGCGCCUGCGCUAUCUAAUCUAAAUAUCAAUACACUUCAAAAUAAUUAUAGAAGUCGCCACGACUACAACUACAAUAGCGACGGCAAGGUCCAAACGCUCCCACACAGUAGAGCGACGCCAAGUUCCGAGAAAAGUAAGCACGCAACAUCACCUGCGAUCAACAUCGAUUCCAGUUCUGUGUCAUCCUCGAAAAAGGGAUAUUCAAAUUUCAAUCUCAAGAAUGACGAUUUAUGGAGUAAUGAUGACGAAAUCGUUGCACCUUCUACUAGGUGUAACUCUCAAAGCAAAUCAAGGCUAAACGAAAGAGAAGAAGACGUUCUUUCAAGCUACGAUAUGGAGAUUGGCAUGUCCAUGGCAGAAUUGUUGAAAAGUCAACAACAACAACAACAACAGCAACAACAACAACAACAACAACAUCAUCAACAACACCACCACCACCACCAUCACCACCACCAGCUGUACCAAAAUCAACUUCAACAUCAACAACAGCUAGAUGCACCCUCGUCAGUCGAGUCGCUGGAACUUUCUGCAUCGUCUCCUGCGUUCACCACUAUGGGUCUAGACACGAAGGAUUCUGAUCUGCUAUCGUCAAUAAACUCUAGUCCAGGAGGGUCCAGCAUUAUCAAUGCCAAGAACAUUCCAGUCAUGGAUAGCCAAGAUGGUCUUUUCUCAAAGUUGGACUCUAUAGCCGAACACAGUCCAUCCUUGGAAACUUCGCCUGAGCCAAUAGUAAAAUCAAUCGACACUGGAAACUCUCAUGCAAAAGUUGAUGUCAAGCAUGUAAAAAAGCUUUUGACAGGUAGAUCAUCGAGUUCGAUAUCCACUGCGACAAUUGCCGACUCCCCACCUUUGCAGCCGAGUUCGAAAAAGUACGAUGUAGACAUUGACGGUAUAAUUGAGCGAUUAUUAGCCACCAAGAAACGCCAUUCAUCACGCAAGUCCAAAUCUGUCUUAGACGUUGAUACUAACGAAAUUAAGUUUAUUUUGGGCAAGAGCAGGCUGAUAUUUCUAGAACAACCAUCAUUAUUGCGCUUGUCACCACCGGUAAAGAUUGUUGGCGAUAUCCAUGGUCAGUUUCAUGACCUUGUUAGAAUCUUUAAUUGCUGUGGCUACCCACCACAUUCAAAUUACCUUUUCCUCGGGGACUAUGUUGACCGAGGUGAAAAGUCAUUGGAAACGAUUUUGCUUCUUCUUUGCUACAAGAUCAAGUAUCCGGAAAAUUUUUUUAUGUUGAGAGGCAACCACGAGUCUGCCAACAUCACAAAAAUCUAUGGCUUUUACGACGAGUGCAAGAGAAGAUUGAAAGUGCCCAAAUUGUGGAAAAGCUUUGUUGAUGUAUUCAAUUCUUUGCCGAUAGCUGCUACAAUCAAUGACAAGAUCUUUUGUGUCCAUGGAGGGCUUUCACCUGAAAUGAACACAUUCAAACAAAUCGAAGACAUCAAGAGGCCUACCGACGUUCCAGACAGAGGACUCUUGGCAGAUUUAUUGUGGUCAGAUCCAGACGCUCUGGUGAAGAAUUUUUCCUUGACAAACUGGCCCAAAAACGAUCGUGGGGUAUCCUACUGCUUUGGAAAACGACACGUUGACUAUUUCUGUUCCAAAUUCAAGCUCGACUUAAUUGUGAGAGGACACAUGGUUGUAGAGGACGGGUACGAAUUUUUCAACAAGCGAAAAUUAGUCACUGUUUUCAGCGCUCCAAAUUAUUGCGGAGAGUUCAACAAUUUUGGGGCGAUUAUGAGUGUCGAUCAGAGUUUAUACUGUUCUUUUGAGUUGAUUAAACCAUCCUAA